AUGCUUUUGUUAAUACCUCAGCAAAUUUUGAAUAUUUAGUUUCUUGAAAAAGCUCGACUUUUGAUAUGGGUAGGUAAGAAAAAGUAUCUUUCUUCCAGAAAAAGGAAGUAAAGUAACUAUUUUUCUAUCCACAAAGCACCCUUCUUCAACUUGGUUUAUUCUAUUCUUCUGUUGGGUUGGGUUCAUUUCUCAUUAUGCUUACGUUGGAUUUCUUUUACUGGUAAUUUUGCAGCAAAAACCUUACUUACAGAAAGGAAAAAGAAAAUUCAGACUUCCAUAUUUUUAACUUUUCCUUCUAUCUUUUUCCUUCUUGCUAUUUGGGUUAAAAGAAAAAUGAGACUAACAUUUUUUUAAUUUUUGCCUUGGGGUUGAUAAGUUGCAAUUCUUUGUAAAUAAGUUGCAAUUCUUUGUAAAAGGGAAGUAUUUUCCACCAUUUUCUUGUUUUUGUGUCUUAAAUGAAUGGAGUAUAAAUGAUGAGUGAACAAUUGGGGCUGCUAAAAGUCAUUGUUGUGCAAGGGAAAAGGUUGGUGAUCCGGGAUUUCAAGACCAGUGAUCCUUAUGUUGUGCUGAAACUAGGGAACCAGACUGCAAAGACCAAGGUAAUCAACAGCUGCUUGAAUCCUGUUUGGAAUGAAGAGCUUAAUUUCACUCUUACAGAACCCUUGGGAGUGCUGAAUUUGGAAGUGUUUGAUAAAGAUCUGUUAAAGGCUGAUGACAAGAUGGGAAAUGCUUUCCUCAACCUUCAACCAUUAGUGUCUGCAGCGAGAUUAAGAGAUAUCUUACGAGUGUCCUCUGGUGAGACAACCUUAAGGAAGGUCAUACCUGAUACUGAAAACUGUCUUGUCCGUGAAAGCAGUAUCAAUUGUGUUAAUGGUGAGGUGGUGCAGAAUGUUUGGUUAAGGCUUCGUGGAGUAGAGUCUGGGGAACUAGAAUUGAUCAUCAAGCUGGCCACACCUAUUACUCCUAAAACAUAGUGCAGAAUUUGCAAUUGUCCCAAGUGAAAAUCUCUAACCAGAUCACAAUUGUAACAUUUUAUGUGUAGUUGAGUCAUGCUUUUGAUUAACUUCUGCAUAGAUGAAUUUCUACCCAAAAAAUGAAAAAAAAAAUGUCAUUGAUAGAUAAAAGCCUCCAGAAGCUGCAUUUUCAAAUAAACUUGUGGUGAUUUAUGGCUUCUGCUUUAUGGUGUGCUAAGUUUGUUACCAUGUAUUACAUACCCUCCCCCGAAAAGUAGAAACUAGCCCUUAUUUUAGCAAUGAUCAUUCAUUGGGUAUUCCGUAA